UUGGUACGGUGUGACCUUUUAAUCGGCUUUCAUGAGAACCCUCCACACUACACGCUGGCCUUCUCACCGCUCUUCAUCCUUGUGCUGGUAAUGUUGAUCAGAGUCUGCCAUAUUGUUACGCCGUCCUUCUUCCCUAUGUCUUAUCACAGUCUUUCUCUUGCCCGUAAGAUCCGUCUGCUCUCUCCCUGGUUCACAUAUUUCACUCGACCCCUGCCAUUCCAUCUGUGCCACCCGAAGCGUUAUUCGACCUCCUUUGCGUCUGGGUGA